ACCAUGGCGACCGAGGAGCUGGAAAGGAUACUCUUGGACUUGUUGCAGCCUGACAAUGAAGUCAUCAAACAGGCUACCAUUCAGCUGAAAGAGGCCCUCAAGCAGCCUACAGCCUUGGCCCACCUCUGCCAGGUGAUGUCUGGCUCUCAGAACCCCCAGAUCCGGCAGUUUGCAGCCGUGUUGGUGAGAAGGCGGAUGACCAAACACUGGGAUAAAGUCCCUGACACUGAUAAGGACGUACUGAAGAACAUUGUCCUGUCCGCGGUGCAGCGGGAAACAGACCACAAGGUCUGCCUCAGCUUGGCUCAGCUGACUGCCGUUAUUCUGAAACACGAAAAGCUGGAGAGGUGGCCGCAGCUGCUCCAGGUCAUCCAGGAAGGAAUCCAGUCUCAGGACCCCAGCCAACGCGAGGUGGGAUUGUUGCUGCUGAGUUGUGCUAUGGAACUCGACCUCGACAUGUUUGCCCAGCACUUCGCGGACCUCUUGAGCCUCUUCCAUCGGAUUCUCAGCGACCUCAGCCACCCGGGCCCCCUCUUCUACUCGCUACGCACCGUCAGCAUCAUGGUCUCGGGGGUGGGCUCGGACGAAGCGGACCUGAUGUCUUCGUUGGUGCCCAAAGCGAUGGCGGCCAUCCGAGAACUGAUCCGCGUUGAUGAGGACCGCGCCAUCGAAGCAAUGGAAGUCUUUGACGAGCUCAUGGAGACGGAGGUCUCCAUUCUCAUGCAGCAUUUCCCCGAAGUCGUUCGCUUCCUCCUGGAGGUGGCCUCCGACCCGGCCUUGGGUGACAGCGUGAGGGUCAAGGCGUUGUCCUGCCUCACCUGCCUCAUCAAAGUCAAGAGCAAGCCCAUCCUGAAGCAGAAGCUGCUGUCCACCAUCCUGACCGCCGUCUUCUCCAUCAUGAGUGAGGAGCCGCCCCCAGGCCAGAUGGACGCUGAGGACGAGCAGACGGAGGAGGACAUGGAGGAUGGGGUCGAAGUUCAGUCGCCCAAGCACUUUGCCGCCCAGGUGGUUGAUAUGUUGGCUCUGCACCUUCCACCAGAGAAGCUCUUCCCCCCACUGACACCUCUGAUGGAGCCAGCUCUCCAGAGCUCCAACCCCUACCAUCGCAAGGCGGGCCUGAUGUGCUUGGCGGUGCUGGCGGAAGGCUGCGGGGAUCACAUCCGGAAGAAGCACCUCCAGCCCAUGCUGCAAGUGGUGUGCCGAGCCUUGUCGGACGACAGCCAGGUGGUGCGCAACGUGGCCCUCUUCGCUCUGGGGCAGUUUUCGGAGAACCUGCAGCCCGACAUCGCUCGCUACUCUGACGACAUCAUGCCGCUGCUCUUGCGCUACUUGGACGGGGUGGAGCUGGCUCACACCAGCCACUUGGCCAAAGCCUACUAUGCCCUGGAGAACUUUGUGGAGAACCUGGAAGACAAGAUCUCACCCUACCUGCCGACCCUGAUGGAGCAGAUGCUGUCCACCUUGAAUUGCCCCGGCAGUCCCCGCACCAAGGAGCUGGUGAUUAGCGCCAUCGGAGCCAUCGCCCGGUCCGCCCAGGCGACUCUCCUGCCUUACUUCCCGACCAUCAUGGACCACCUGACGGGUUACCUGCUAACCAAACGGGAAGACCUCCGGCCCGUCCAGAUCCAGUCUGUAGAGACACUGGCCAUCCUGGCGACCACCAUGGACAAGGAAGUCUUCCUGCCGCUGGCGGAGAAGUGCUGCCAGCUCGGCCUGGACCUCUGCGACCAGGUGGACGACCCCGACCUGCGGAGGUGCACGUACAGCCUCUUUUCCUCGCUCUCGAUGGUGAUGGAGAACGCCAUCGCUCCGUACCUCCCCCGGAUCACCACUCUGAUGCUCUGCACCCUGAAGUCCACCGAGGGCAUCGAGCCUCAGUGCAGCACCGGCAGCUCUUUCCUCUUGUUCGACGACGAGGAAGAGGAAGCUGAAGUGGAAGGAGAGGAGAACCUGUCUGACGAUGAAGUGGAGGACUACUUGGAGCUUACAGGGGUGUGUGUGCGAAACUCCUUUAUGGAUGAAAAGGAAGAUGCUUGCAUUUCCCUGGGAGACCUCGCCCUACAUUCCAGUGUGGCCUUCCUGCCGUUCAUGGACACCUGCUUCCAGGAGAUCUUCAAGAUGCUGGAGUGCUUCUUCCUUGGCGUGAGGAAAUCUGCCUUCUCUGCUCUGGGGCACUUCUGCAUCGGCUUGCAUAAGGUGUGCGAGCACGACCCAUCGGAGCCCAACCGUGCCGCUCUGCAGAAGAUGCUCUCCGUGGUGCUGCCGGCCUACAUUGACGGGAUCCGGGAAGACAAGGAGCGUCAGGCGGUGAUGGAAAUCCUGGAGGCCCUGACCAAGCUGGUGAAGGCGUGCAAGCAGGAGGCCUUCCGGGAGCCCAGGAGGCUGGCGGAGGUGUGCCGGGUGAUCCGGGCGGUGCUGGAGAAGAACAUAGCCUGUCAAGAGAUGGAGGAGGAUGAGGAAGAGGACGAAGAUGAGGCCGAAUACGACACCAUGCUGAUUGAGUACGCUGGGGAAGUGAUUCCCGUCCUUGCCGGAGCAGUUGGCGGAGAGGCCUUCGCGCCCUAUUUCGCCGGCUUCCUGCCCUUACUUCUCAACAGGAUGAAAUCCACCAGCUGUCCGGCAGAAAAGUCCUUUGCGGUGGGCAUCAUAGCUGAGGCCAUCCAAGGCCUCGGCCGGGCGUCCAGCCCCUUUGUGGCCCGCCUGCUGCCCUUGAUGAUGAAGGCCACCCACGACGCGGACCUGGAGGUGCGCAGCAACGCCAUCUUCGGGCUGGGCGUGCUGGCAGAACACGGCGGCGAAGUCACCUACGAACAGUACCCCAGGCUCCUAAGCCUUCUGACAAAACUUAGCAGUCAGGACCGCAGCAACCGGGCAGCUGACAACAUCUGUGGGGCCGUCGCGCGGAUGAUCAUGGCCAAUCCCGGAGGGGUCCCUGUUGGCCUGGCGUUGCCUGGUUUGCUCCGUGCUCUCCCUCUAAGGGAGGAUUUGGAAGAAUACAAGACCGUUUUCCGUUGCCUCUGUGUCACCUACGAACGUGAUCCCCAACAGGUGCUGCAGAUGAUGGGGGAUGUCAUGCAGGCCAGCCGCACCGUCCUGGGACUCAGCGACCUCCCGGCAGCUGCCCGCAGCAGCCUGGUGACGCUUCUCCGCAAUCUGUCCAGCCGCUUCCCAGACGAGUUCCAGUCGGCCAAGCUCGCCCUGCCCUUGGAAGGCCGUGCCCUGGUGGAAGCAGCUGUCAGCUCCUCGUGAGGAGGAGAAGGAGGCGGCGGCAAGGAGGCCCCGCUUCCUCAGGCUCCGAAGGGUCGAAGAGGAUUCUUUCUCCCGGACACUGGCAAUUUCAGCUGCACGCCCUGUGCCAUAUGGACUUUGGGGACCGACCGGCCCUCACCAAGAACGCCACAUCCUCCUGUCUUGUAUUUCUGGUUUUCUCGUGCACCUUAGCCGUUGUGGUGGUUUCCCAUGUUUGCCGUACUUUUUUUUGAGGUGGGUUUUUUUUUUGGUUGGCAAGCUGGCUCCAGGAGAGUUUUCGCACGCCCAGAGGUACCUCCUAAAUGAAAUGUCACUUUCCGGCCGCGCUGCGUUCUCCGCCUUUUGUCUUCUCGGCCUUUCCCAACAUGCGGAAAGAGUUCUUUAGGCAGCGACCUUAGCGGGUUUGCCUGUAGCGCCGUCUUGGUUUUGCUAGCGGGGCCAGGAAAGGACGUCUCUCGUAGCUUUGCGGAGAUUCCGGCCCUUGCUUUCCAAUCUGGACCGUUCCACCCGGUAUGCUUCAACGGCCAGGGGGGAAUUUGCGUCGCUGAAACCAAACUUGCAGGUAUCCAAGCUGAGUAGCCCCGUCGCCCACAAGUUUGGCCUCAGCGAACGAGCCCAGCUUGGCCUUCGCUCCCCGAUUUAUUGACGAGGGCGCAUCUCCUCUAUAACUUGAACGGUGCUUCGGGUGGAAAUGAGAAACGGGAGGCAAACUAAUUCUGGCUCAGCCGCUGCCUCUUAACGACGGUGCCGGGUUGUCUUCAGGCCACCUGGCCUGCAGGUUUCCUUUGUUUGCUGACAGGAAGCAUGUCUGUGGGCGGGUGAGUUUCUCCAAGUGAGGCUUCUCAUUCUUGGCGUCUUCAUACUUUCUCGUUCUCGGCAUCUUGCUUUGAAGUAGACCCAAACAGAGCAGGGACGGAGGGACUAGAGCGUGACGCGCUUCUCCCCCGGCUGCCAGGCCAGAGAGUUCAGUCGAUCUGACAAAUUGCCAGUCUCGGUUCUUCCCUUCGCCAGCUACAGGGGUGUGCAUUGCAUGUACACGGUCUGGUCCCCAAAAGCAGCCCGUCAGCUUUUGCACGGGGCUGUCCUGCCAACCUCCUUCGGCCCACUGCUAAAAUGCAACAGCCGUGAUGCUGCCACGAUCGAUUUGCCUUUCUCUUCACAGUCGAUGGGCCUGUUUUUGAGCCCUUUUGGUUGACUUCUCCUCUUGUCUUCCUUGCCCUGCCGGGGAGCCGUUCCCGGAGCUGCUGCCCCUCCCCCCUCUGCACUCCCUCACAGGGUGGUUGUUGGGGCGUGGGGUUUUUUUUGCCAAAGGUGUUAGCAGUUCUUCACCAGCCGCUGGGGUUUGUUCUUCGGCAAGUGUUGGAUGGUUUUUGGGCGUUCCGCUGGAGGCCUGGGUUGAAACGGCCCACAGCUGUGACCGCUGGGUUUGUGUUUACAGGGUUGAAAUGCUGCACAGCUGUGACCUCUAGUUUGUAUUUAAACAUUUGCUAUUUUUUUGAGAGAGACAAAAAUUAUAUUACGUAUCUUGCAAAUAAAAAUAAAUGAGCCCGA